AAGAAGAAAACACGGACCGUAUUUUCGAGAAGCCAGGUUGCCCAGUUAGAAAGCAUGUUUGUGGCCAAGAGAUACUUAUCAAGUGCAGAAAGAUCAAAUUUGGCCUUGACCUUGAAAUUAACCGAAACGCAAGUUAAAAUCUGGUUUCAAAAUCGACGAAAUAAAUGGAAGCGACAAAUU